ACUGCCUUCCUAACUACUCUACCGAUCAAUACCAACGCGACAGUUCUUGAAGAAACGGGUCCCUUCCCGUACCGACUGACGUAGAACACAAUCAGAGAUCGAUGCACCCAGCUUCGGCGCUUCAAAUCCUUCCGAUCCAAUCGACCCAGACAAAAACUAUUUGCGCCUAACGCUCGGGUAGAAGCUCCGAAGAUAAUCCAUCCUUGGUUAUUCAAACCUGGCACAGCACAGAGACAGUGGGGUUGAAGUUGCCAGCAUGAAACAGUUACAUAAGCAAUCCAGCAUUAAUCACAGACGAGACGAGGAGAUGUCCAUGGGUCCAACCGCGCCAUACUCGCCCAAAACCCUCAAACACCCCAGAUCCCUUCCCAUCCCCAGAUCUAUAAACUACCUCUUUAAAGAACAGAGGCUCCUCUUCAUCCUCGUCGGCAUUCUUAUUGGCUCCACAUUCUUCAUUCUACAACCAACCCUGUCCCGCUUCGGCCCCUCCGAGCCCAACUCCUUUUCCGUCCCUCGCUCCUUCUCUUCCGGUCUGCCCCAACGCGACCAGGUCUCUGACUUCGCUCAAUAUCCCCCGAUUAAUCGUGGCAAGCUUGGGCGGGUCCCGGCCGGGAUCCCGCGGAAGAGAUCGAGGAUUGUGGUCACCGGUGGUGCCGGAUUCGUCGGCAGCCACCUCGUCGAUAAGCUUCUCGACAGAGGGGACGAUGUGAUUGUCAUCGAUAAUUUCUUCACCGGGAGGAAGGAAAAUUUGGUUCAUCGCUUUGGGAAUCCGAGGUUCGAGCUUAUCCGCCACGACGUCGUGGAGCCGAUACUUCUUGAGGUGGAUCAGAUCUACCACUUGGCUUGCCCGGCCUCGCCCGUUCAUUAUAAGUAUAAUCCCGUCAAGACCAUCAAGACUAAUGUGAUGGGUACCCUGAAUAUGUUGGGCCUGGCAAAGAGAAUUGGUGCAAGGUUUUUGCUUACGAGUACGAGUGAGGUUUAUGGCGACCCACUUGAGCAUCCCCAGAAAGAGACUUAUUGGGGAAACGUGAAUCCAAUAGGUGAGAGGAGCUGCUACGAUGAAGGAAAGCGGACAGCCGAAACCUUAGCAAUGGAUUAUCACCGAGGUGCAGAUGUUGAGGUCCGUAUUGCUCGCAUUUUUAAUACAUAUGGACCUCGUAUGUGUUUAGAUGAUGGGCGCGUCGUUAGCAACUUUGUUGCUCAGGCGAUUCGCAAACAACCAUUAACAGUAUAUGGGGAUGGAAAGCAAACCCGAAGCUUCCAAUAUGUGUCUGACCUGGUCAAUGGACUGGUAGCAUUAAUGGAAAGUGAACAUGUGGGGCCUUUCAACCUGGGUAACCCAGGGGAGUUCACCAUGCUUGAGCUUGCUGAGGUUGUCAAAGAAACAAUUGAUUCAAGUGCUACAAUAGAAUUUAGACCAAAUACUGCUGAUGAUCCGCAUAAGAGGAAACCAGAUAUUAGUAAAGCAAAGGAACUGCUGAACUGGGAGCCAAAAAUCUCACUUAGAGAGGGGCUGCCACUUAUGGUGAGUGAUUUCCAGAACCGCAUUUUGAAUGAAGACGAAGGAAAAGGGUUGAAAUAGAGAAGACAAUAAAACUAUCAUGUAAAGUGUGAAAGUGUAUUCUUGUUCAUUGAUUUCAUUAUUAUCAUUCUUAGUUUAAGUUACCUGGCAAUUCAGAAACACGUUACUGUUAUCGGAAGGUAUACCAAUUGUUUUUCUUC